AAUGAGCUCCAGAAGCAGAAAGUUGCACACGGCUCCUGCAGACGCAUCAGACUGGCGCGUGGGAUCGGUCCCUGCUGCGCCGCAUCUGGAACAAUAACGUCGGGAAAGAUCCACACACUUCAUUAGCAGACUGUGUUUUUUAUAAGCAGCAGUGUUGAGAAUAAGAUAAUCCCCUUUUGGGCUCACGUCUCCAUCGGAAGGGGCUUUUUUUCGGUUUUUCUGGAGCACACGUUCAUCCAUUGAGAAUCACCAAACGGGCAGAAAUCAGGAUCAUGGGGAAGCAGAACAGCAAGCUGACUCCGGAGGUGAUGGAGGACCUGGUGAAGAACACAGAGUUCAACGAGCACGAGCUGAAGCAGUGGUACAAAGGCUUCCUGAAGGACUGUCCCACCGGCCGGCUGAACCUCGACGAGUUCCAGCAGCUCUACGUCAAGUUCUUCCCGUACGGCGACGCCUCAAAGUUCGCCCAGCACGCCUUCAGGACCUUCGAUAAGAACGGAGACGGGACCAUCGACUUCAGAGAGUUCAUCUGCGCUCUGUCCAUCACGUCCCGCGGCAGCUUCGAGCAGAAACUCAACUGGGCCUUCAACAUGUACGACCUGGACGGAGACGGCAAGAUCACCCGGGUGGAGAUGCUGGAGAUCAUCGAGGCAAUCUACAAGAUGGUGGGCACGGUGAUCAUGAUGAAGAUGAACGAGGACGGCUUGACACCGCAGCAGAGGGUGGACAAGAUCUUCGGGAAGAUGGAUAAAAACAACGACGACCAGAUCUCGUUGGACGAGUUCAAGGAGGCGGCGAAGAGCGACCCGUCCAUCGUUCUGCUGCUGCAGUGUGACAUGCAGAAGUGAGACCUCCAUCUUCACUCUUUCACACUCUUCUCCUUCCCCUCCCUCUGUAAACACACUCUCUGGACUGCAGCACAUGUUUUAAUGUCUUUAGGUUCUCUGCCAUCCCCACAGGAAAACACAAACAAAACAAUGCUUGGACUACUUUUCAAUGGACUCGCUUCUUGUGGUUGUAUGCAUGAGAAUGUCAAAGCUGAAUCAUUUUGAAUAUAGCUAUAAAGAUAUCAUACGUUUAUAUCUCCCAACCCGUGAUUUGUGCACAGUAAAAAACCCUUAAACAUGUAGCUUGUAAACGAGUGGAGCACUGCGUGAUGUUCCUGCAGUGUUUAGGAAAACCCCCAGUGUUCACCGCUGCUGCCGCUGUACGCUUUACAUUAUACUAACUAAACAAUAACUCCUAUGAUAAUUGUAACUGUCUCUCCUUUCCAGACGUGGAGAACAGAGAGGCUGUUUUCACACGGUGGAACCAGGAAGAGUCGGUUCUUUGCAUGCAUAUAAUAUGUGUCAGAAAAAUAUGAAUCUCUUACCUUUUGCAUCUUUAGGUGGUUAUAAAAGAGAAACCCUUUGGAUUCAUUUAGUAUUGUUGCAUGGGAUGUACAGUAUGUGACCAUCACAGCGUUUGUUCACCUCCAGUAACGUGGGAGCAUGCUUUCUCCAUCCGGAAACACCUGUACGCGUUCAGUUUACGGAAGGAUUGCAGAUGUGGGUUAAGAGUUUCACAUUAAAACACACACACAGAGGGAUUACUGAGCGGGGUCUCCCGGGCACAGAAAGCAGGGGCAACUCUCGAAUAUGACCUCAAACAGACGUAAAGCGACGACAAAGAGAAACAAAACGACGACAGUGAGACACAAUGAUUGCAAAGAUACAACAAAUGACGACAAAGAGACACUGCUACGACAACGAGAUGCAACAUGACCAGACAGAAAUCGACUACAUAGAAACACAACAUGACGAAAAAGGGACAAAAAACGACCACAAAGAGACAGAAACAGAAACAAUUGACUGCUUAUAGAUGCGAAGUGACUACAAAAAGAGACACAAAUCAACUAAAAAGAGACGUACAAUUAUUGCAACGAUACAACGAAUGACAACAAAAGGACAAAGCUACUACAAACAGAUGCAAAAUGACCAGAAAAGCGACAGGAAUCAACUAGAAAGCGACACAAACGACUACAAAGAGACGUAAAGUGACUACAAAGAGACGUAAAACAACUACAGUAAAACCAAAAUGACUUGAAAAAGACACUAAAUGAUUGCAAAGAUACAAUGAAUGACUACAAAAAGACAAAGCUACUAAAAGAGAUACACAAAAUGACUUCAAAGAGAGACCCACUGACUACAAAGAGAGAGAAAAUGAUUGCAAAGACAUGUAAAACGACUACAGUGACUACAAAGAGACUUAAAGUGACUACAAAGAGACUUAAAGUGACUACAAAGAGACUUAAAGUGACUACAAAUGGACUUAAAAUGACUACAAAGAGACUUAAAGUGACUACAAAGAGACUUAAAGUGACUACAAAGAGACUUAAAGUGACUACAAAGAGACUUAAAGUGACUACAAAUGGACUUAAAGUGACUACAAAGAGACUUAAAGUGACUACAAAGAGACUUAAAGUGACUACAAAGAGACUUAAAGUGACUAAAAAGAGACUUAAAGUGACUACAUAUGGACUUAAAGUGACUACAAAGAGACUUAAAGUGACUACAAAGAGACUUAAAGUGACUACAAAGAGACUUAAAGUGACUACAAAUGGACUUAAAGUGACUACAAAUGGACUUAAAGUGACUACAAAUGGACUUAAAGUGACUACAAAGAGACUUAAAGUGACUACAAAGAGACUUAAAGUGACUACAAAGAAACUUAAAGUGACUAAAAAGAGACUUAAAGUGACUACAUAUGGACUUAAAGUGACUACAAAGAGACUUAAAGUGACUACAAAGAGACUUAAAGUGACUACAAAGAGACUUAAAGUGACUACAAAUGGACUUAAAGUGACUACAAAUGGACUUAAAAGUGACUACAAAGAGACUUAAAGUGACUACAAAGAGACUUAAAGUGACUACAAAUGGACUUAAAGUGACUACAAAGAGACUUAAAGUGACUACAAAUGGACUUAAAGUGACUAUGAAUAGACUAAACGUGACUACAUAGAGACACACAAUGACUACAAAGAGACUUAAAGUGACUACAAAGAGACGUAAAACAACUACAGUAAAACCAAAAUGACUUGAAAAAGACACUAAAUGAUUGCAAAGAUACAAUGAAUGACUACAAAUAGACAAAGCUAAUAAAAGAGAUACACAAAAUGACUUCAAAGAGAUACACAAAAUGACUUCAAAGAGAGACCCACUGACUACAAAGAGAGACCCACAGACUACAAAGAGAGAGAAAAUGAUUGCAAAUAUAUGAAAAAUGACUACAGAGACUACAAAUGGACUUAAAGUGACUACAAAUGGACUUAAAGAGACUACAAAUGGACUUAAAGUGACUACAAAUGGACUUAAAGUGACUACAAAGAGACUUAAAGUGACUACAAAGAGACUUAAAGUGACUACAAAGAGACUUAAAGAGACUACAAAGAGACUUAAAGUGACUACAAAUGGACUUAAAGUGACUACAAAUGGACUUAAAGUGACUACAAAGAGGUGCAAAGACAAACAACACACAACACGUCUGUGCCCAGGAGCCCAUCGUCUCAUAUUCCAUCCUUGUAAAUGUCAUAUUUUUUUAAGCUUCAGUGACUUAUGUUAGCAGAAAUAUAUAUAUUUAUGGAGCAGUUUUUCCUUUAUGAUCAUUUCCUCGUACUGCUGCCGCUGAAUCAAGAGAUGCUCAAAUGCAGAACUCGUGCAUUAUGAAAUCAUUCCUAAAAUUGGCUUCUUGUUUUUUCCCAGGCUGCUUGUUUGAUUUAGACGUCAGUAAAGUUAACUCAGUACAUAUCAACAUGUUUACAGAAAGAAAAGAAAAACCCUUUUUUGCUGGGAGCUCGACUCCACUUCCAAUGCAGCAAAAAGAAAUAAAAGACGGAGGAAAAAGACCUCCUAUAUGUUUACUGGACACACUGCAUUCCUGAAAACUGUUUUGUAAAAAAGGAGAAACUUUUUAUUGAAAAGUCUUCUAAUCUAUUCUGUUUGCAACAAUCAUUCAAGACGCAGGACCCUCGAGAGAGGAGACGACGAAGCUCUUGAAAGAGGCGGAGGUUUAAUUCAGAAAUACUCUUUCAAAAGUUCUUUGCUUCCCCAUAUUCAGUCUUUUUCUGCAGGCGUGGACCGAGAGUCUGCCUGCGGAGGAUUUUCACCGUCCCUCGAUAUAUAUAUUUGUAUUAUUUAAGACAUUUCAGUCCGGUCACUGUGUCCGAUUCUUUGUCUCGUAAAUGUUUAUAUCAAAUAUGGAAAAAUCAUAAUACAAGUGACUGUAUUCUUUUAUACAUGUGGCAUGUGUUGCACCUGAAAUGUAUUCUGUAGUGAUUAAAAUGAAUAAACCAUCA